ACGAGAGAGUGCAUCCCGUAAUUGAACUUGGGAUCCUCUUCCUCUUCAUGACGAAGUCAGUUUUACGUCCGUACCGGACGGCUCCCGUGGGACGAAUCGAUGCGCAGACACAGGCCUUUCACACCAAGCUCGCCAUCUCACUCGCCUUGGUAUCCGUCGCACUCUUGGCUGUACUCUCACUCGUCUACGGACCAGGAAACGUCUCCACAUCCACAGCGGUGGGGAGUCACAACUGGUACACGGCUCGUGUGCUCCAACAAAACACAGACGAUGCGACUCCCACCGAUUACACGUCGUAUUCCUGCCACUACAUCUUCGACGUGACUACGGAACCCGGUGCCGAUCGUUGUCAGUUUGCCCGCGAAUGCAAUCUCGGCGACGGACUCUGGGCUCCCUUUGUCUUUUGUGGAUCGGCAAGUUCGUUCUCUGCCACCACGUGGACGGCAAUCCUUAGUCCUUUCCUAUUGUUCUGGAUGGUCUUGCUCUUCCGGAUGCUCGGGAGCACCGCGGAAGAGUUCUUUUCACCCGCUUUGGAAAUGUUCUCCUUCAAACUGGGACUCCCCCCGCGCUUUGCCGGAGUUUCCUUGUUGGCCCUCGGCAACGGUGCCGCCGACGUGAGCGCCACCGUCGCCGCCAUUACCACCGACCCCGUCAACGGUUACCAGCUCAGUUUGGGAGCCCUCACCGGAGCCGCCAUGGUGAUUGGUUCGGUCGUUUCGGCACUCGUCGUGCUCGUCGCUGGUGGAGUUCCCUGUCGCGGGGCACUCGUGCGUGACGUAGCGGCUCUCCUCGUUGCCAUUGCCGUCGUCUGGUACCGACUCGCCUCCGGGACCAUGGGACCGGAUAGUAUCACCAUAUUCCUUACCCUCUAUUUCGUCUUUGUCGUCCUCGUCCUCGCCGCCGACGUCUACCACCGUGCCGUCGUGCUCCCCCGACGCAGUCGACAAGCCGACGAUCGCGAACGUGAACGAGAAUUGGCGGAACGGCGCCGCGUCGAAGCCGAUGGUUCCGCGGUGCCCGGGGCCAACCCGGCCGUCGGGCCAUCGCUAUCGUCCAACACACCAUCCCACGGCUUGGACCAGUUUCUCACGGCUCUUUCCAAUUACGACAACGAUCCCCGGACCACCGGAUGGGGAGUCGAGUCGGAAGACUUGGCGGACGAUCGACCGGUCCGCCUGCACGGAUCGCAAGGCAUUUUGCACGGUCACGCGCCGACACCGGAACGUCUGGAUUCCACCACCGAAGGGGGAAUCGCGCACCACUACAACAUGCUGGAAGACGCCGUGGAUCGGACCUGCGUGGAAGAUGGCAGUCCCGGCUUUUCCGCAUCCAACUGGUCCGGGGCGCUACAGGACGGGUACAGUGAGUUGCGAAAACACGCGGAGCAAACGUGGGAGGACAUUGUCUACAAUGCCGACGUCGGCCUCGUCUCCAAGAUUUUGUUGAUUGCCGAAUUUCCCUUUACCGUUUUACGCAAAGCAACCGUUGCCAUUCCCUGUGAGGGGUACUACGUGCGUGCUCUAGUGGCCUUGUCAUUGGCGCUAUCACCCGUAUGGUUGGCGUUUUACAUGUACCGGAGUCACGACACGAACGUCCUGGGGACGGCCUUUGGGAUUUUUUGGGGUAUCAUGGUACUGGCAGCGCUGCUGGUGCUGCGGUACGCUCCUGGUGGACAAGGCAACAUGGCUCUGUCGGUUGCGACACCCAUUGCCUUGUACGGAUUCGUCGUUGGAGCCACCUGGAUUGAUACCAUUGCCGAUAUGCUCGUGUCACUCCUUGAUUUCAUCGGCAUCGUGUUGCGGAUACCCGGUCCGAUUGUUGGCCUUACCAUACUGGCCUGGGGUAAUUCCAUGGGCGAUUUGAGUGCCAACGUUACCAUGGCUCGUAAAGGGUUGGCCAACAUGGCCAUGACGGCCUGUUUCGCCGGCCCGUUUUUCAACAUUCUCAUGGGCCUGGGGUUGGGCUUUGGGCGGUUGGCGGCCCAAACCGGACAGAGCGAAUUCCAAGUGUCGCUGUCGCCGUCGGUCGUGACGGGUUUUUUGUUUAUUGUAUUGAAUUCGGUGACCAUCAUCGCGACCGGGCUAUUUUUUGGAGAAAUCGGGACCAUUCCCAAAAAUUACGGCUACAUUGCCUUGACUCUAUACACGGUAUACUUGGUAACGUCGAUUUCCCUACAGUAUUCCAAGUAUGGCCAGGAAAAGGAGGUAUAACGCAAGGGACGACUGC